GCAGUGCGGCGCUGUUUAAAGAUGGCGGCGGAGGAACCUCAGCAGCAGAAGCAGGAGCCGCUGGGCAGCGACUCCGAAGGCGUUAACUGUCUGGCCUAUGAUGAAGCCAUCAUGGCUCAGCAGGACCGAAUUCAGCAAGAGAUCGCUGUGCAGAACCCUCUCGUGUCAGAGCGGCUGGAGCUCUCUGUCCUGUACAAGGAAUAUGCUGAGGAUGACAACAUCUACCAACAGAAGAUCAAGGACCUCCACAAAAAGUACUCAUACAUCCGGAAGACCAGGCCUGAUGGAAACUGCUUCUAUCGAGCUUUUGGAUUCUCCCACUUGGAGGCACUGCUGGAUGACAGCAAGGAAUUGCAACGGUUCAAGGCUGUGUCUGCCAAGAGCAAAGAGGACUUGGUGUCCCAGGGCUUCACUGAGUUUACAAUUGAGGAUUUCCACAACACGUUCAUGGACCUGAUUGAGCAGGUGGAGAAGCAGGUCUCCGUAGCUGACUUGCUGGCCUCCUUCAAUGACCAGAGCACCUCGGACUACCUUGUGGUCUACCUGCGGCUGCUCACCUCAGGCUACCUGCAGCGGGAGAGCAAGUUCUUUGAGCACUUCAUCGAGGGCGGGCGGACUGUCAAGGAGUUCUGCCAGCAGGAGGUGGAGCCCAUGUGCAAGGAGAGUGACCACAUCCACAUCAUUGCGCUGGCCCAGGCCCUCAGCGUCUCCAUCCAGGUGGAGUACAUGGACCGCGGUGAGGGCGGCACCACCAACCCGCAUGUCUUCCCGGAGGGCUCCGAGCCCAAGGUCUACCUUCUCUACCGGCCUGGACACUACGACAUCCUUUACAAAUAGGGCUGGCCCUGGCCUGCCGCUGCCCUGCCUGCCCUCCCCUCUGCCAGGCGCUAGACAUGUACAGAGGUUUUUUUGUGGUUGUAAAUGGUCAUAUUUCACUCUUCCCCUUUUUUCCUGUCAUACAACCUUCCAUGUUUUAUUAAAGGGGAUGCUGGUGGUGAGCCGCGUGUGUGCCUGUCCCUGCACUGCUGCCCGCCUGGCUGCUGUGUGUCUGGCUGUGACCCUCCCCCCAGGUGGGUUCCCCCAGCUUUCCAUCUGUCUACCCCCAGGCUUCCCUACGAGGAACAGUUUUGAGGGGGCCAGUCCUCUUGGGGACCCCUCUUGGCUACUUGGAGUUCUGCUUCCUUAAGUCCUCACCCCUUUCCUCCUUAGCUGGCCCACUGGUUUCCAUGGGAAUCUAAAUUCCUUGGGGACUUACCCAGGGUCCCAGGGCUACCAGCACUUGAAGCUGCUCCCUCACAGGCCCUGCGUUCAUUCUACCAUCCUGGCCAGGGUCCCAGACCCAGCUCCCUACCUUCCACCCGAUCUGCACGGUCAGGGAGUCCUGGAUGGAGAGGGCUAUGUGAUGCUGGGGCCUGGCUCAGGGCAGGUGGAGGAGCAGGGGCACCCACAGUGUGCCCCCAGGUGGUGCCUACCUGGUGGGGGAGGGGUAACCUUCAAAUCUGCACUUGGUCCUCAGUCCUCAGAUCUAGGCAGGACUUGCCAGUCCCCCUCUUCCCCCCACCCUGCCCCUGGGCCCCUGCCUGUGCCUGCUUUGCCCCCCUUUGCUUGGGCCACGUGUGUCUGCCUUGCCUGCCUUCUUGCCUUCACCUCUUUUCUCCCCCACCCCAGCUCAUGUGGGCCUUCAGCUCCCAGGCUGUGAGGUCUGCGGGGCAGGCCCUCAAUAAAUGUGAAGUGCUGCUGC